AUGGGAUUCAAUACAUACAACGCCGCAUCAUGUACCAUCAACUCAACAUGGGUCAACCAGACCAUGCUUGCCUUCUCCGACCUCGGCUUCCAGAAACUCGGCUACGAGUACUUUCAGCUCGACUGCGGCUGGCAAGGCAGUCAAAGGCAGGCAAACGGAUCAAUCACAUACGACAGCACCGCCUUUCCGACUGGAAUCAAGCCGCUCAGCGCGCAGGCGAUCGACCUGGGCUUCAGGUGGAGCAUGUACACUGAUGAGGGUGUGUACGCUUGCGCUCCGUCGAAUCCUCCUCCGGGCUCUCUGGGCCAUGAGAGAGAAGACGCGCUGCAGUUUGCAGGCUGGAAUGUGGCUUAUAUGAAGGUCGACAAUUGCUACGUCACUGCAAACGAAGAUGCACCAAAAACCCCAAUGACCGACUUUCCGUCUCGGUACGGCAACAUGUCGAAUGCCCUGCGGGCGGUGGGCAUCGAAGGCAUGCUUGUCUGCCAGUGGGGUGUGCCCUACCAGAACCCCGCCGGGACUCUCGAAGGCCCCUCGGACUGGACACCGCCUCUUUCCACCUCUUUCCGUGUGAGUGAUGACAUUGCCGCCGGAUGGUCCAACGUGUUCCGCAUCAUGAAUGAAGCCAUCUCCGUCAAUCUGGCUGGGCACUCCGGACCGGGCAACUUCGCCGAUAUGGAUCUACUCGAGGUGGGCAACCCCGGCAUGACGACCACCCAACAGGCCUCUCACUUUGCCAUCUGGGCCAUGUUUAAGAGCGCCUUGAUGGUGUCUACCAACAUGGUUCAGAUAUCGUCCACUACCCAAAGCAUCUUGCAAAACCAAGGCCUCAUCGCAAUCAACCAAGAUCCUCUCGGGGCGCCGGUGACGCUGGUGCAACGAUACACCAACAACUACGACAUCUUUGCUGGGCCCUUGGAGGGCGGAGACGUUGCCGUCCUCCUUGUCGACCAGUCGGGUCAAAGCAGAAGCCUCACUGUCGAUUUUGAGCAAGUCGAUGUCGCCUCGGCCACCGCCACGAAUCUGUGGACCGGACAGGUGACUAACGGAGCCACGAGCAUGACCACAUCGGUGCAAGCUUAUGGCUCCAUGGCUCUGCGGCUCAGUCAGGUAAAGACGUACAGCCCACCCGCUCCCGCCCUCACCUAUAUCGAUGCGACAACGGGCACCAUUGCCGGCGGCGCCAACGUUCAGAGCUGUUCGGGGUGCGCAAACGGGCAAAAGGUCGGCUAUCUGGGCUCCGGCGGUACGCUGACGUUCAACAAUGUGGAAACCAGCGCGACGACGCAGAAUGUGCGUUUUGACUACAUCAACUGCGACGUUUCAUACACCAACGACGGCGAGAAUGUGCGUGGCGCGAGUAUCUCUGUCAAUGGGGGUGCGGGCGUGCCAGUUCUCUUCCCGCUCACCGGCUACAACUGGUCUGCCAAUGUGACGCAGAACUUUUUGGUUGAGCUCAGCGGCUUCCAAACCGGAGGCUACAAGAAUACAAUUGAGAUCUCUGGUCUCAGCGGCAGUACUCAAUAUGCUCCGGAUAUGAGCAGGAUUGCCGUGCUCUCGUAG